GUUCUAAUCUAAAUCCCAAUACAUUACAAAUAUACAUUAUUCAGAUAGCAGAAACAAGUCAAAAUACUGAUAACAGACUCAAGUGUCAUCCAAUCCCUUUAGAUACACACGACUUUGAAAAUAAUAUAAAGUGUAGUUACUUAUAUAAUAUACGGAUUAGUAUAACAAAGUUGGAGGAUGAAACUGCUAGUGAUUUUAAGUUUAGCAGUAGCCUGCCAUUGCUCAACCUUGAAGCACGGGAGAAGGUUUCCAGAUGACUUCCUCUUCGGCACUGCUACUGCUGCUUACCAGGUUGAAGGCGCUUGGAAUAAAGAUGGCAAGGGAGAAAAUAUUUGGGACCAUAUGACCCACACCAACCCAACUGUCAUCAGAGACCAGAGCAAUGGCGACAUCGCUGCCGACUCCUAUCACAACUACAAGCGUGAUAUCGAGAUGAUGAGGGAACUAGGAUUGGAUGCCUACAGAUUCUCAAUGUCAUGGACCAGGAUUCUACCUUCAGGCAUGGCCAACGAAGUCAACCCAGCAGGCAUUGAGUUCUACAAUCAUUUUAUCAAUGAAAUGCUAAAAUAUAACAUUACUCCUCUGGUCACUCUAUACCAUUGGGAUAUGCCCCAAAAGUUGCAAGAACUAGGAGGAUUAGCCAACCCACUAUUCGCAGGAUGGUUUGAAGAUUAUGCUAGGGUUAUCUUCGAGAAUUUCGGAGACAGAGUCAAGAUGUUCAUCACUUUUAAUGAACCUAGAGAAAUCUGCUACCAAGGCUAUGGAGCAGAUCUCAAAGCCCCUAUACUUAAUUCUACAGCUGUCGGUACUUAUCUUUGUGCCAAGAAUCUGGUGAUGGCUCAUGCUAGAGCCUACCAUUUGUACGACAAGGAGUUCAGAGCAACGCAAGGAGGACAGUGCGGUAUCACUAUUAGUGUGAACUGGUUUGGACCAGUCACUGACUCUGCUGAGGAUGCAGUAGCAGCUGAAAUUAAAAAACAGGGGGAGUGGGGUCUCUACGCGCAUCCCAUCUUCUCGACCGAAGGUGGAUUCCCAAAGGAGCUAUCACAGAGAAUUGCAGAAAAGAGCGCUAAACAAGGUUACCGUCGCUCCCGCCUCCCUGAGUUCACUGAAGAAGAAAAGGCUUUCGUUAGAGGAGCUUCAGAUUUCUUCGGAGUGAACCAUUACACUGCCAAGUUGAUAUCUGCCACGAAAUUCAAGAAAGUAGUUCCUGUACCCUCAUUUUUGGAUGAUAUGGAUGUUGGUGAAUUUAUACCUGAUCGCUGGAUGUCUGCUGCAUCAGAAUGGCUUACGUUGGCUCCAAACAGCCUCUACAACGCCUUAACUUACUUGAAGGAGAAAUACAACAAUCCAGUCUUCUACAUCACUGAGAACGGCUGGUCUACUUUUAAAGAUAGAGGUCUGCAUGAUUAUGACAGGAUCAUAUACUAUAGAGCUUCCAUGGAGAGUCUCCUGAAAUGCUUGGAUGAUGGAGUUAACCUUAAGGGUUACAUGGCAUGGAGUCUCAUGGAUAACUUUGAAUGGAUGCAGGGUUAUGUUGAGCGUUUUGGCUUAUAUCAAGUGGACUUCUCUGACCCGGCGCGCACGCGCACCCCCAGGAAGUCAGCGUUCGUGUACAAGCACAUCUUGAAGCAUCGCUACGUAGACUACGAGUACCUGCCCGAGUCCAUGACCAUGACCAUUGAUGACGGACUUAACAGCUUACAGCCGACAAUGAGGGUCGCCAUUUUGUGUUUGCUGAAUCUACUCAUCGGUUCAGAUGGCUGGUCUGACCACAGGAAGAGAAAGUUUCCUACUAACUUUCUGUUCGGGGCAGCCACUUCUGCUUACCAAGUGGAAGGAGGCUGGAAUGCUGAUGGUAAAGGCGAGAGCAUUUGGGACAAGUUUCUCCACGACAACCCCGACCUAGUAGCUGAUGGCAGGAACGGCGAUGUGGCCAGCGACUCCUACCACCAGUGGCGGAGAGACGUGGAGAUGCUGAGGGAGCUUGGCGUGGACUUCUAUAGGUUCUCCAUAUCCUGGUCUAGGGUGUUGCCUACAGGUUUCGAAAACGAGAUCAACGAAGCCGGCUUCAAAUACUACGACAAUCUAAUAGACGAGCUCCUCAAACACGAGAUCCAACCCAUGGUCACUCUCUACCACUUCGAGCUACCUCAACCCUUGCAAGAGCUAGGGGGCUGGACCAACCCCCUUUCCGUCACCUGGUUCGAAAACUACGCAAAACUAGUCUUCCGAAGAUACGCUGACAAAGUGAAGUUCUGGAUAACCAUAAACCAGCCUAAUACAGUCUGUAUGGAGGGUUAUGCCAGUGGAAUCAUGGCUCCAGGGUUGAACUCCAAGGAUGUGGGUGGCUAUGAGUGUGCGAAGAAUGUUUUGCUAGCCCAUGCGAAGGCUUAUAGAGCUUAUCAGACUGAGUUUAAGAAGAAAUACGAAGGUAAUGUUGGCAUCAGCAUAGCUGUAAACUGGUUCGAGGCGUUAAGCAAUACCACUGAAAAUAACGAGGCUGCUGAAAGGGCGAGGGCGUUUGAGUUCGGCCUGUACCUGGACCCCAUAUGGUCAAAAAAGGGAGACUUCCCUGACCUAGUUAAGAAAAUAGUGGAUAAAAAGAGUACAGAGCAAGGAUUCAAAACUUCCAGACUGCCCAAACUUACUGCUGCUGAAGUUAAACUUAUUAAAGGUUCAGCAGACUUCCUAGGCAUGAAUCACUACACGACAUUCCAAGUGCAGCCCAGUCAGACGCAGUUCGAAGCCCCUUCAGUAGAAGAUGAUCGGAAUACAGAGUAUACGCAGGGACCAGCGUGGAGGGCCGCUAAAUCUCCGUGGUUGAAGAGCGCUCCCUACGGUCUCUACAAGGCUUGUCUCCACCUUAACCUCAACUACGACUACCUUCCCAUCAUCAUCACGGAACACGGCUGGUCUUCCGACCCUGGGUUAGAAGACCAGGACCGAGUGGACAAUAUGAGGGGAUACUUGGGUGCUCUGCUGCUGGCCAUGGAAGAUGGGACGGAGGUCAAAGGGUAUACUGCUUGGAGCCUCAUGGAUAACGUCGAGUGGAUUGCUGGUACCAGUGAACGCUUCGGCCUAUACGAAGUAGAUUUCGAAUCGGAACAAAAGACGAGAACGGCAAGACUGUCCGCUCUGGUCUACAAGCAUAUCAUUGAGAGCAGAGAGGUGGAAGAUGCUUGGAGACCCAGCAACUUGAAGAUAGCCAUCACCAAGAAUGAUAAGAAGAACAACUAUAGAGUUGAACUGUAAAAAUCUGUGAAGAAAACAGAAGGUAGAAAAAUCGAGAUCAUUUUCCUCUCAGAAAGAUGUUUACUAAACAUAAUGUGUAACUUUUAAGUAUUUAUUAAAAUGUACUUAAAUAAAGGAAUACUUUUAUAUUGAAA